UUUCUUCUACAGUAAAGACAGAGUGAAUGCCACAAAGUCAAAAAGUAAAAAAUGAAUUUAAAAAGAAGUCUUCCAAACAUUCUAAUCACAGGGACACCUGGUGUGGGCAAGUCGACUAUUAGUAAAAAAUUAGCAGAUCGUACUAAAUUUACUUGGCGCGAUGUUUCAAAACUAGCAGAAGAGUACAACUGCCUUGAUGAGUAUGACCCAGAGUACCAAUGUCCUUUUCUCAAUGAAGAUAAGCUUCUCGAUAUUAUGGAAGGAAUGAUGGCUAAAGGAGGGAAUGUAGUUGACUAUCAUGGAUGUGAAUUCUUUCCUGAGCGAUGGUUUGAUGGUGUCUUUGUUAUAAGGACAAAUAACACAACGCUAUAUGAUAGAUUAGCAGUGAGAGGCUAUACUGGUAAAAAACUAGACGAUAAUGUCCAAUGUGAAAUAUUUGAGACAAUAUUGGAAGAGGCCCAGUCUUCAUACAAGCCUGAAAUUGUUGUACAGUUACAGAAUGAAACUGAAGAACAGUUAUUAAAUAAUGUUCAAAGUAUUGUUGAUUGGAUUGAGAGGUGGAAGGAAGAAAAUAUAUAAUUUUAAAAUGUA